AUGGAAGAGCUGGCGCGGGUGGGGUGCCCCAUGGCUGCCGCCAACCCGCAGUCCGGGCGCUUCUCGCCCUUCGCGCACAACCCCCGCAGCUGCCUGGGGAAGAACUUUGCGCAGAUGGAAAUGCGCCUUAUCCUCUCACAGCUCCUGCGCAAGUUCAGCUUUUCGCUGGCGCCGCCGUACGACAAGAGCGAUGAUGUGCAGACCGCGAGCACGGAGAAGCUGGCCUUCCGCGGCGUGAACCGGGGGGGCACCAUGGGGCCAAUGGACAUGGAGCGCGGAGGCUCUGUGUCGCCCGGCGAGCGCUUCCUCAUCGCUUUGAAGAUGCACGUGCAUCCCAGGGCAUGA